AGAUGGGAAGAUGUAACAAUCAACUAAACAACGCCUGCAUAUAAUGCUCAUGGAGGAAUGUGUGCAGGAACUCUUGGAGAAAAGUCAACAUGGCCUUUUUUGAUGAUGCUGAAUGGCUGCAAUCACAUAUUGUGAAUUCUUUCAUCACCUCUGAUGAUACAGGUGUGUGCGAGCUCGUCAUGACGGUCGAGUCGGCCGAGUCGCUGGCCGCCGGUGACGCGGCCGAGCGGGACACCUACUUCGAGCCGCACUCGCCUGAGAUCGUCAUGGACAUGGACAUCGGCGGCCACCGGCGCCGCUCCAACACCUCCCAGCGUCUGGACAAGCUCAAGAAAGAGAGGAAGAACGCGGCCCGCGUUAAAAACGUCAUCUGGCAGCCCAACCCGGAUCCGCUGCCCGACGCGGACCGGAACUUUUUGUUUGAAAAGAAGCCGAUCGUCCGCCACGCGGGUCCGAAGCCGUCGCUGCUGACAGAGCAUCUCAACAUGCUGGACUUGAGCGACAACCCCUACACGGAAUACUCCAAGUUUGACGGCAGGGCUCACGCGGGCGUGCCGACCCGGCGCAUCAACAUCUUCCUGACGAUGGCGCCCGCUGAGGAGCUGGCAUUCCCCAUGUCCGUGACGGUGGUGGCUAGCGCCCGCGUCUCCGACGUCAUCGGCCUCAUCUGCUGGCAGUACACCAACGAGGAUCGCGAGCCGCCGCUCAGGGGAUCCCCGGAGAUGUACAGCUUGCACAUAGCCGAGGACGACGGCGAGGUCGACUGGGACUUCCCGCCGCUGGACGACCGCGAGACGGUGGCCAAGUUCGGCUUCAACGUGCUGGCGCUGGUGGAGACGGAGCAGACGGAGGUGACCGUGAGCCUGGACGGACCGGACGGGAAGGACCAGGUGACGCUCUCGCUGAAGAAGCGAAACGCCACGGUGGCGGAGAUGCUGAACGCCGUGUUGGCGCAACGGCCGGACGUGGCCCGCGAGACAGGCGUGGAGCUGGCGCUGGAGAGGGCGGACGUCAGCACGGCCGCCUCCCCGCUCAGCGCGGACACUCGGCUCUCUCAGCUCGCCUGUCAGCACUUCAACCUCGUCAAAACAGCGCCUGGCAGGAAGCACAAGGACGCAGCCGUGGUGGAGGAGCCCAACUUCAGCGGCCAGAUGUCGGCCAUGGAGGCCACCGUGUACCAGUCGUUCAAGGUCAACAUGCUCUCCAAUCUGGUCAUCAAGGCGCCAAUACAGCUCGGUAUUUCGGGUGACCGGGUGGAGAUUGACCCCGUCCAGGUCAGGUCAACCCUGAACGUGUCCAAGUUCCUGAGCAAGCCGCGGGCGGUCACUUACCAGAUCGACAGCAUCAUGGAGUGCCGACUGUGGGAAGUCAAGUACGGAGGGCGGGCCAUAGUACGGCUCACGUACCUGCUGCCAUCUGACGGCGGCUACAGGCACCACGACCUGGAGGCGGACCUGGGCACGGCCAAGGACAUCGUGCGCAAGCUCGAGUACAUCCUGGAGUUCCGCUCCGGCAUGAGCCGCAAGACUUACCUUCAGCAGAAGGAGAAGCGCAGCCUGCUCGCCUCGCUGGCGGCCAAGUAGCUGGCGCGAGCACGGGGGGUGCGCGGCCGAGUCGGAGGUGGUGACUGGCUGGGGCGGGGUCGGUUACCAGAACGCUGUGAUACUACUGAUGAUACCGCUGUAGGUGUCCUUGCAUUCUUUGUAUGUGCCAUCAUCUGUUGUGAUCAAGGAUGUUGUGUAUGUGCAUGUUUGUAUUAUUUAUUGAAGGCUAGGUUCACGUGCUUUGUGAAGUGCCGCUCUAAUGUGCUGAUGUCCGCGCGCUGACGGAAGUGGGGUCGCACCCCUGCUUUUUUGACCACUCAGGCUCCUUUUGGGAAGGGCGGCGACGGGCUGCCCUCUUUUUUUCCUCCAGUAGCUCCCAAACUAAUAUUUCCUCCAAGCCCCAGUCAUAUUGCGUUCGUUGCACCACAACCUGAUCUGGUGAGACAAAAGGGUCCUGCGAAGAAAUGUCGCCCACCCACGCCCCUGUCUGUCCACGGUGUAAUGAGUUUGGCUUUGUUUUUUUAUCGUCCGCUGUCCUCGCCAAACAAAAGGCGUAAUGCUUCCAAACA